GGUGAAUUUCUUGCAGAUGGAAUAGAGGUUUGCAAUUUGGACAGUAGUUAUCUUCAACACAACUAAAGAACGAAAAAAAAAGAUUAGAAUUGCUUGGUUCUUUUCGCUUUUACGACUGGUCCGUGUCUCGUCUGGGUUGCUUUAGGACAAAAGCAGGGUAUCUUGCAUUUAAUCGACAACAACUUUUACGAUUUUGUUGGACCAAACGCACUGAGCGAGAUGGAUACCGACAAAUAUUUGCCAGAACUGAUGGCGGAGAAGCAUUCUCUGGACCCGUCCUUCCAGCACUCAUUGCGGCUUCUUGAUCAAGAAAUUGAAAAGAUUCAGAAAGACGAAGACAAAGAGGAUGAGAAGUUCAUCGAUGUGGUCAUCAACAAGAACAUGAAACUGGGACAAAAGAUUUUGAUUCCCGUAAAACAGUUCCCCAAAUUUAAUUUUGUGGGUAAACUCCUGGGCCCUCGAGGGAACUCAUUAAAGAGACUACAGGAGGACACACUGACCAAGAUGUCCAUCCUCGGCAAGGGAUCAAUGAGAGACAAAGAAAAGGAAGAAGAACUGCGGAAGAGUGGAGAAACAAAGUAUAAUCACCUUAACGAAGACCUUCACGUGCUGAUCGAGGUGUUUGCUCCGCCCGCAGAGGCCUACGCAAGAAUGGGACACGCUCUGGAGGAGAUCAAGAAAUUCCUUAUUCCGGACUAUAAUGAUGAGAUCAGACAAGCUCAGCUACAGGAGCUGACGUAUCUAAACGGUGGUUCGGAGGAUGCAAAAGUUCCAGCAGCAAGAGGAAAAUCCAGCACACGAGCCAGAGGAACACUAACGCCAGGAACUCACAGGAGUCGAGGGGGCGUUCCUCCUCCCCAGGCUGCGGUUCCACGAGGUGUGGUGCCCAGAGGAGCUCCACUCAGCAGGGUUCCAUCUACCAGAGGAAGGGGCGUGGCCUCACAGAGAGCAAGAGGAGCUCCACCCCCAGCUGGCUACAGACCUCCCCCUCCGGUUGUACAGGACACCUAUGGUGAAUAUGAAUACGACGAUGGAUAUGGAACAGCCUACGAUGACCCGGGAUAUGACUCAUACGACAACAGCUACAGCAAUCAGGCACAGAACUCAGAAAAUUAUUAUGAAUACAGUCACGGUAUCAGUGGAGAAACAUAUGACUCUUAUGGCCAGGAGGAAUGGAAAAACAACCGCAACAAGGCGCCACCAGCAAGGACAAACAAAGGAGUGUACAGAGAGCAGCCGUAUCCCCGGUUCUGACCUGCCACAGCUCUCCCUGUGCCCUUCCAAGUAAUGGAUUUUCUAUGGAUUCUAUUUCCUUUUUCAAAUAAAAUCAAGCAAAACGACAAAAAUAGAAAACCAGUUGAAGACGUUAAAAUUAAUUCAUUGGAACUGAUCGUUUUGUUGCUCUUGAUACAUGGACAACCCCCACAAGUGGAAUAAUAUGGAUUUGUUCACUGGAUUACAUAGUUUAAAUCAAAGAACCAAUUAUAAUUCAAAUAGACCCUCAUGUGUGAGAAGGAGGCGGGCACUAGCGGCAAGGGGCGGGGUUAUAUAAAGUGUACGAUGUUUAGAUUUAGCCAGAUCAGUUUUUGUAGAUACUUUUUUUUUUGGAUGGUGAUCAGCUUCAAUGUGUUCCUUGUACAUUUUUAUCUUAAAUGAAAAUGAACUUGAAAAAAGUACAAAAAUACUGAUGCACAUAUUGUUGUUUUCCUCUUUUCUUUGAUUCUUUCUCUUUUUUUUAAUUGGAAAGUUAUUCAGCGUUAAAGGGCUUAUAGGAGCAUGUUGUAAAACAAUGUGCACUUUCAGUUUUGAUGAGAAAAGCCUGCAUAGUUUUGUCUUAUUUUUGUGUUAAGCGUUUGAACCCCUUUAUGAACUCUGUAUUAAUAGGUGUUUUUCACGACUACGUCAAAAUUCUGAGUAAACUGUGACUCAAAAUGUCCCAGUUUGAGCUGAUUUCUGAGAUAUUCUUUUAAGGAAAUCUUAAAGCACAUCAAGUUAAUGGUGAUUCAUAGACUAGAUUUUGCACGUUCUGUGACACUUUACUGUGCAAUCCUAAUGUAUUAGAACACAUACAUUCAAGGGUUAUUAUAUGUUGUUAGUGUUGGCUUUCUUUAGAAUGUCUAUUAGUAUGUUAAAAAGUACCGAUGGGUUCAAAUCACAUAAUAAUACAAAACUGAACCAAAGCAACAUUUGUAAUCUUGUUGUGAUGCUUUUCAAUUGCACAGCAAAGUGUUGCUAGUCAUUUUUAACCCUAAUAUUGUUAAUUAAAUUGACUAAACUUUGACUAGCACUGUUUUAUUUUUUUUUAACUAUUAAAUCUAAUCACAUGUGUCCUGAAAGGUGAUAGUUAUGGAAGUUAUUGUGGUUCUGGUGGUGCCAGUUUAAUACAUUUCUGUUAAGAACUAUAAUCUUU